AUGACGGACGACAAGGUUCAGAGUUACGACAUCCCAAAGACGUGCAAAGGUGGUGUAGUUGUCAACGAAGGUCCGGACUUUCAUGUCGAAGUUCAAGACAUCCCUACGCCAGAGCCCGGACCAACCGAUGUCUUGAUCAAGCUCAACGCGACUGGCAUCUGCCACAGCGACAUUCAUUUCAUGCUGAACGACUGGGCGAUGCCAAAGAUGUCUGCGCUGGGCACAAAGUGCGCUGGACAUGAGGGUGCUGGUGUAAUUGUAAAGGUUGGCGAUCAAGUCAAGAAAUUGAAACCAGGCAUGAGGGCUGGAUUCAAGCCCAUCCAAGAUACCUGCGGUGCAUGCGAGCUCUGCCGCAGCGGCCAAGAAUGCUACUGUGCAAGCGCAGUCUUGACCGGGCUGAUGUGCGACGGAUCCUACAAGCAAUACGUUGUCUCGCCCGAACGCUACACCACCAUCAUCCCCGACGGCGUCAACGACUACAUCGCCGGGCCCAUUAUGUGCUCCGCCUCGACAAUCUACACGUCAAUUAAAGAGUCCAACCUCAAGCCCGGAGACUGGGCCGUCUUCCCAGGUGCAGGCGGUGGAGUCGGUAUGCAAGGCGUUCAGCUCGCUAAAGCCAUGGGUCUACGCGCCGUAGCCAUCGACACCGGCGACGACAAGGAGAAACUGUGCAAGGAGGUCGGCGCAGAAGAGUUCAUCGAUUUCAAGAAAGUCGACAACGUCGCUGAGAGGAUCAUUCGCAUCUGCGACGGCAUCGGCGCGCACGGUGUCUUCGUCACCGCAGUGCAGACAUACCCCUCUUCAGUCAGCUACCUUGGCGGUCGUGUAGGCGGAAAGGUUAUGUGCAUUGGUCUGCCACCCACGGGAACACAGCAUAUCGAUGUCGAUCCAACCCAGAUGUGCUCUAAGAAGCAGAGUAUUCAGGGUACGCUUGUCAGCAGCAUGGCUGACGUCGAUAAGACACUGGACUUUGCGAAGAGGGGUUUGCUGAAACCUAUCUACACAGUGUAUCCCUUGAGUAAGUUCAACGAGGCUGUGCAGAAGCUGCGGAGGGGCGAGAUUGCUGGUAGAGCUGUGGUCGAUUUCAACCAGGACUCGUCAGCAAGUCAGUCCCCGCACGGACGUGCCGAAGCAUCCUCCAGCCGAGCGCCGUCCGGACGCUCAUCGAACGGAAAGCAGCCAGCCGUUGAAGACGACCACAGCGAUGAAGAAGCACUGCUGGCAGACGACUCGUUGAACAGCAAUCUCUCUGAACAAAUCUCUUUCAAGCGCAAGCCCAAACCAACGCCCUCCUCCCUCCUCCCACGCUUCCUCGCCGGCUCCUUCACCUCCCCACGCAACACCCCCAGCCCACGCGCCCAACAGUCCCGCCUCCAACACCUCCGCAGUCCGCACUCCACUACCAACAAUGGUAACAGCAACGGCAACUACUCCACAGAGCCCACCCUCAACUGCUUCGACACCCCCGGCGACGCCGGCUCGCACCUGUCCGACACCAAAGACGCCUCGGGCGUAGACUGGUACGUCGAAGGUCCUGGUCGGCGCGUGGGAUACGACGACCUGACCGCCAUCGACUGGAUCUUCGAAUACGCGAAAGAGCGGCAACGGUUACGAUAUCUGUACUCCGGCGCAACGGGGCUGCUGGGCACGAUCAAGCAGCUUGCCGACGCGAGCCAAGUGUGGAUCAUACUUGUCGCUGCCGGUGUCUUGUCCGGAGGUAUAGCGGCGUUUAUCGAUGUCGCAAGUGAUUGGCUGGCGGAUUUGAAGACGGGGUAUUGUAGUAGUGUGGAGGGCGAUGGGAGGUUCUAUCUAAAUAAGGGGUUUUGUUGUUGGGGGAUUGAGACAGGGGAUCAGUGUGCGGAUUGGCAGGAGUGGGGGAGUGCGAUGGGGAUUGGGAGUGUGAGUGGGAAGUGGAUUGUGGAGUAUAUCUUCUUUAUACUGUUCUCGGUUCUCUUUGCAGCAUGUGCGAGUCUGUUGGUGAGAGAGUUCUCGCCAUAUGCUAAGCAUAGUGGUAUCCCGGAGAUCAAGACUGUGUUGGGUGGCUUUGUUAUACGACACUUUUUGGGUGGCUGGACGUUGGUGACGAAGACAUUAGGCCUGUGCCUCGCAGUGGCUUCAGGGCUGUGGCUGGGCAAAGAAGGUCCCUUGGUCCACGUUGCAUGCUGCUCUGCAAACUUGUUCAUGAAGCUCUUUGGCAGCGUAAAUGGAAACGAAGCGCGAAAGCGGGAAGUCCUCUCUGCCGCAGCAGCAGCAGGCAUCUCGGUCGCUUUCGGUGCACCCGUAGGUGGCGUGCUAUUCAGUCUUGAGCAGCUAUCGUACUACUUCCCCGACAAGGCCAUGUGGAGCAGUUUCGUCUGCGCCAUGGUCGCAGCCGUCACACUCCAAGCCUUCAAUCCGUUCCGGACUGGCAAGCUCGUCCUGUAUCAAGUCACCUACCACAGUGGCUGGCACGACUUCGAAAUCGUUCCCUUUGCACUACUCGGCAUUCUCGGCGGUCUCUACGGCGGCCUCUUCAUAAAGCUCAACAUGAGCAUAGCCUCCUGGCGCAAAGACCGCACCUACCUCAAAGGCCCAGUCACCGAAGUCAUCAUCGCAUCCUCCAUCACAGCACUCAUCAACUACCCCAUCAAAUUCAUGCGUGCCCAAGCCUCCGAGCUUGUCUACAUCCUGUUCGCCGAAUGCGCCGAUCUAACAGAAGACACGCUGGGCCUCUGCAAAUCCGGAAAAGCAAACACCGGCGUCAUCGCACUCCUCCUAAUCUCAGCCGUCCUCGGCAUCCUCCUCGCAGGCUUCACAUUUGGUCUGCAAAUCCCCGCCGGCAUCAUACUGCCCUCCAUGGCCAUCGGCGGCCUCUACGGUCGCGCCGUAGGCCUCAGCGUCGAAGUCUUCCAAUCCGCAUUCCCGCACCUCUUCAUCUUCAGCUCUUGCGAACCCGACGUGCCGUGCGUCACACCCGGGACCUACGCCAUCGUUGGCGCCGCGUCCGCGCUGGCAGGUACAACGCGCAUGACCGUCUCCAUCGUGGUUAUUAUGUUCGAACUCACCGGCGCGCUGACGUACGUCCUGCCUAUCAUGAUCGCGGUCAUGAUAUCGAAAUGGAUCGGCGACGCGAUUAGUCCGCGGGGGAUAUACGAGUCCUGGAUUCAUUUCAAGGGCUAUCCGUUCUUGGAUAACCGCGACGAUGACGGGUCGAGUAUCCCUGAUGUACCCGCUGCGCACGUAAUGACGCGCAUCGAGGAUCUGACUGCUAUAUCUGCGACGGGUCAUACGAUUCAGAGUCUGAGGGAGAUGCUGCAAGCACAUCGUUUCCGCGGGUUCCCUGUCAUCUCCUCGAGUCAGGAGCAGGAAGGCGAUGCGCUCCUGCUCGGCUACAUAUCCCGCACCGAACUGCUCUACGCGCUCUCCCUCACAACUUCCAAAUCCCUCCCCGCCGACACAGAAUGCCACUUCUCCCACCAACCCCUCUCGGACCCAAACACCUCCCUCGACUUACGCCCGUGGAUGGACCAAACCCCUAUAACCCUGAAUGCGCGCGCCUCCUUCCAACUUACUGUUUCGAUGUUCCAAAAGCUCGGUCUGCGCUACGUUCUCUUCACCGAGAGGGGCAUGCUUCGCGGUCUGCUGACGAAGAAGGAUGUCUGGUACGUGCUUAACGGUAUGGAAGACGAGACUUGGGAUGAGAGUGAGGAGCAUGUGGAUGCGGGGGUUGGAGGAGGUGUGAGGAGAGGCGGGUUGCGCGAGCAGCGUGAUGGGAUCGCGGAAUGGAGCGAGGAGAGGGGCUUGUUGGGCACGCCGAUGGAAGAGGAAGAGGAUAGUUUCAUUGGCGCUGGCCUCGAGGAUGAGAGGGAGAGGAGAGCUGGGUAA